CUGGUGGUUUGCUACGCUAUUACCGUCCACAAGUCACAGAGUAUUACAGAGGACCGGAUCGUUACAGACCUCUCUAACCGGGACUUCCAGACUGGCCUGAGCUACGUUGCCGUCUCGCGUGUCAAGACUCUGCAGGGUUUAAUGCUAGACGCUCCAUUUGGCAGGAACUACCUGUUUUAUGAGAAACCGCCAGAGGGGAUGUUAAUGAAGCUUAGGGACCAGGAGCGCAGGGCAAGA